AUGGCCGCGGCGUUGCGCCGCCGCUCGGUGCCGUCGCCGCGCGUCCUCCGCGCCGCCAUGCAGCGCCCCGCGGGUUCUCCAUCGCGGCCGGGCAGCCCCGAAGGGGCGAAGGGGGGUGGCUGGCUGAGCGCGCUGCGCUUCGACAACCUGGCGCUGCGCUCGCUGCCCGUCGACCCUUCCGAGGACGGCGCUCCGCGGGCCGUGCCCGGCGCCUGCUUCGCCCGGGUGCGGCCCACUCCGCUGCGCAACCCGCGGCUCGUGGCCGCGUCGCCGCCGGCGCUGGCGCUGCUGGGGCUGGAGGCCGGCGGCCUCGAGGCCGAGCGGGAGGCGGAGGCCGCCCUGUACUUCAGAGGGAACCGACUGCUGCCCGGCUCGGAGCCCGCGGCGCACUGCUACUGCGGGCACCAGUUCGGCAGCUUCGCGGGGCAACUGGGUGACGGCGCCGCCAUCUACCUGGGCGAGGUGCGCGGCCCGCGCGGUGCCCGUUGGGAGCUGCAGCUGAAGGGCGCCGGGAUCACCCCCUUCUCCCGGCAAGCCGAUGGUCGGAAGGUCCUGAGGUCAAGCAUACGGGAGUUCCUGUGCAGCGAGGCCAUGUUCCACCUUGGAAUUCCAACAACGAGGGCUGGAACCUGUGUGACGUCUGACUCGGAAGUUGUUCGUGACGUAUUUUAUGAUGGAAAUCCAAAAAAAGAAAGGUGUACAGUUGUUCUGAGGAUUGCGCCUACAUUUAUAAGAUUUGGUUCUUUUGAAAUUUUCAAGCCUCCUGAUGAAUACACAGGACGCAAAGGUCCCAGCGUUAACCGGAACGAUAUUCGAAUACAGAUGCUGGAUUACGUGAUCGGCACUUUCUACCCGGAAAUCCAGGAGGCUCAUGCAGACAACAGCAUUCAGAGGAAUGCUGCGUUCUUCAGGGAGAUAACAAAACGGACAGCAAGAUUGGUUGCUGAGUGGCAGUGUGUUGGCUUCUGCCAUGGUGUGCUGAAUACAGAUAACAUGAGCAUAGUUGGAUUAACUAUUGACUACGGCCCUUUUGGAUUUAUGGACAGAUAUGACCCUGAGCACAUCUGCAAUGGCUCCGAUAACACAGGGCGCUAUGCUUACAACAAACAGCCAGAGAUUUGCAAGUGGAAUCUAGGGAAGCUUGCUGAAGCCUUAGUCCCAGAGCUGCCCUUGGAAAUAAGUGAGCUCAUCCUGGAAGAGGAAUAUGAUACAGAAUUUGAAAGACAUUAUUUGCAGAAGAUGAGGAAGAAACUGGGCCUAAUUCAGUUGGAAUUAGAAGAAGAUAGUAAGCUGGUGUCUGAACUGCUUGAAACCAUGCAUCUCACAGGUGGAGACUUCACAAAUAUUUUCUACUUGCUGAGUUCAUUCUCAGUAGAUACUGAUCCUUCAGGACUGGAAGAUUUCUUAGAAAACCUUAUGAGUCAGUGUGCUUCAGUGGAAGAACUGAGAGUUGCUUUCAGACCUCAGAUGGAUCCAAGACAGCUGUCAAUGAUGCUGAUGUUGGCUCAGUCUAAUCCUCAGCUGUUUGCACUCAUUGGAACAAAAGCUAGUAUAAAUAAAGAAUUAGAACGCAUUGAACAAUUCUCUAAACUGCAGCAGUUGACAGCAGCUGAUUUACUGAGCAGAAAUAAAAGACACUGGACAGAAUGGCUGGAGAAAUACAGAGUCCGUUUACACAAAGAAGUAGAAAACAUCAGUGAUGGUGAUGCAUGGAAUACUGAACGUGUGAAGGUUAUGAAUUCCAACAAUCCAAAGUACAUCUUGAGAAAUUAUAUUGCUCAGAAUGCCAUAGAAGCAGCUGAAAAUGGGGAUUUCUCAGAGGUGAGAAAUGUAUUGAAACUCCUGGAAAAUCCAUUCCAAGAAACAGAAGAUUGCACAGAGAUAGAGGAGGAAACUGCCUCUGCAGCAGCUGCUUGUGCUCAAGCAACAAGAAGCAGGCUACCAUAUUGCAGUAAACCUCCACUCUGGGCUUCAGAGCUCUGUGUUACAUGAUCUUCAUAACUGCCUUGUUUUAUUUUUUGCUGUAAACUGAAGACUGUGAUCCUCCUUCAGCAGUGAAGAAUUGAGCAAGGCAUUCAUCAAAGUGCUAUUAAGUUAUUGAAACAACCCUACAUUUGGAUGCAUCUACAACAGUCUUCAGCUGUGCUUGAUUUAGAGCAGUCUUGGAUCCUUGGAACAAGCUGAUAACGCUGGGCAGUCUGAACAGAUUGUUUUUUGGUGUGUUUUGAGACUGAAAGCCUUUCCUUUGUUCAUAUCACAUUGCAGUAUUUUCUGUUGAGACACACUGACUUUUGAACAUCCAAAUGGAGUUGUUAUGUGAAGACAAAAGUAUCAAGUCAGGAAUCUGAUCUGUUUUUGUCUGAUGCCUUAACUAAUAGUACUUCUAACAUCUAUUUGCUGCUUUCUCUGUGCAGGGAUUUCUAGUCCUCUUUAAUGGAGGAACAGAUUCAGCGAUGCUUGUUUUAAGCCACAAUUCAGUUAAUUAGUUCAUUUAUUGUGAACCUUUAGGUUGAUAUUUAAUCUUCAUUUUCAGGGAGUCUGCAGGCAGGGGUUUGAGGGGGGGAACGAACAAACGCGUGGGUUUUGUUCUUUUUUGUGUUUUAUUAUAAAUAAUACAUAAGGAGCAGAAUUAAGGGAGGCUGUAUAUUUGCACGUGGAAACCUUGGUGGUGAAGUAGAUUCAGUGUUUACAUACAGUAUACAUGAAUGCACAUAUUUACAAAAGCCAUGAGUGCAGUUUGUAAGCCAGUUGUAAGUCAACUCCGGCAAAUUCAGUUGCCUAAAUGAGCACCAACUGCACAGGUGGUUAGGUAACCCUAACCCUAACCCAGUACUCAAACACAGGUUCCUUCUGUUGAUCUGUGUACUCUUACCACAGUUCUUCUUGAGAGAAGCACGCAGCUGGGAUGCCUGCUCACAGUGCUCAGUGAGAUGCUCCCAUUCCCACUGUGGUCUUGUGCAUCUUACUCUGCUUCUGUGGCUGUUGAGAGUUUUUACACUGUAAAGAAAGGAAGGUGCUAUUUAAGGAAUGCACUAUUUGAGCACUGUGUAAAAAAAGAGGAGGAUGGGAGCUGACUUGCUUGAAAAUGUAUUGAUAGUAUUUCAAUGGGUUUCAUUUGAGAUUUUAGGGGAAAAUCUGUUUCUUCUAUUGCCGUGCCAGCAAAAAUGAAAGAAGGUCCCUAGUUAAAGGUUUGACUGAGCUUUCUGAACUUGCUUCUAAAGGGCUCUGGCUCACAUAUCCUUGUGCAAGUCUGAUGUAGUACAAAGGUUUCUCUUUUCCAAGGAGGCCACUGUCUUCCACUGUGAGUUUAUGGGCUGUUUAGGAAACACUCUUUGCCCCUGUGCAGGACAGGUAUUAGCUCAGGUUGAAAUGAGCUCUUCUAGGUCUUCCUCAAAUCAUGAGAAAGCUGAGCUGCUGCUUGUCCAGUUCUGCUAUUAGCACUAUCAAUUUGUUCUUGCUGCCACAGCAAACAGGAGGUGUUUUGAAUGCAGACAUGAAUUCUGCCUUGCCUUUGACUUAGAGAAGCUGAUGCUAAGUAAUGUCUGGCAAAUGAGAAUCUGACAAACACGGCACCUCCUGUGACAUCUCAGAGUUCUUACUGAAAAGGGUAAAUGUGAAGAAGUGUUUGUCCAAUCUGGGGCAGAAUGGUGCAUUUGGUACCUUGAAGAAGGCAGCAAUAAUGUGGGGGCUGGAGUGAAUGAUUCCUUCCAGCCCCUACAAGUCUGAUUCUGUAAUACUUAAUGGUGCAGCUGGUUGAAGAAAUCCAUUUCUGUAGGAGUUUGACUGCUGAAGUGUCUGUCAUCAGACGUUACCCUUCACUGAACGUGGGGACUUCUGAAACCAUCUCAUGGAAACUCCUACUGCAAGGCAGUGUUGGGUAAAGACUGUGCUGGGGGGAUGGCCAGGGAAAUGUGCUGGCAGUUGAAAGACAGCUCAAGCAAACUCAUGGCAGAUUUGCAGAAUCAGUGAUCUCUUAUGCCAGGAGGAAUUAAUAGGAAGGGGGAAAAAAAAAAGUUGCUCACAGUGAUCUUAACUGUGUGCUCAUUUUUUCUCAAUUUAUAUUUUGGGAGGCAGAAAGGAGCGCUGUUGUGGUGGAGCUCUGCUUAAGCUGUUGACUUUAACAAAGUGGUCUGUAGUAAUGAUUUUAAAGCAUACCUCAGGGAUUAUGUGUUUUUAAUGGCAUUCUGACGUUACUUUAUUUUGGGGUCGGAGUAGAUCUUAUUAAUGCAUGGAGAAUGGUAUUUUAGCACUGUAUUUGGACACAGGAGAUGUUGAAUUAACUACUGAAUUAAUUUCCAUAUAAAGAAGCACAUUGAUUUGCUGUUGUAACACCAAAGUCAUGGAGAGAGAGAGAGGGAGAUACUUUGAAAUAGCAAAUUUAUUCUUAAAAAGGGGUGCCAAAUGUAAAAGUGAAGAAUGAAAAUGUGGGGUACAUUUCCCACUAAUUGCAUUCUUAAGUGAGAAUCAAGUACAAGAGGACUGGAAGGCUUGAAGUCACAACUGGAGGACAUUCAUCGUGUGGCUGUUUUGGUGUGUGCCACCUAAAGCUGUGUCUGAUAAAUACCCCAUGCUCACAACUGUGAGUAUGCUCCCCAUGUUUCUGCCAGGGUUGAGCUGUUGGCGUUGAACCGCUUGGUUUCUCAGUGCAUGCAAUAAUACUGAUGCUCUGGAUUGGAAUAAAAGUGACCAAGCCAAAUAGAAUCUUGUGAUCUUCCAGCACCUUCAUUCCAAAAGGCAAAUGUUUCAGCUCAUUGAUAGUAGCUUUGUUCUGUUCCCGGAGCAGUGUGAGAGUGGUGGCUUGUUAAGGACAAUUCAGCUAAGUUCUUAGCUAACUUGAUCUUUUAGGUCAGCUCUCUAGAGAGAAGGAAAUACGGCUUGUAACAUUUGAGAGUCUGAAUAUUUGAAUCAAAAAUCGCUGCUUGUUUUUUUAGAGCUCAUCUGUGCUGUACUUAGGCCUGAGAAUAAUUAUUUCUGACCAGAUAUUCUGCUUAUAUAAUAAGACUUUUAGGCUCAGAAUGAACUUGUGACUUUUCAACACCAACAGUGUUCUUUGGAAACCCUUUGGUUGCACUUUGGUCCUCUGCCUGUACAACCUGACCUGCCAUUGCCUGAAAGCAGAUGGCACCCAGGGGACCAGGAGCCUCACAUUCCAGUGGGCUCCUCUCGUGACUGAGACCUCACCAUCACUGCUUCCUGAGCUUGUAGAACUACGAUUGCUUGAUGUUUGACCGUUGGUGUUCUCUUGGCAAUGCUUUUGUUUGUUUCUCUUCAGACAAAUGCUGCUGUCUUUAAUUCUUUUAUUAAGAAAAAAAUAAAUCUGAAAUGUAAUUUUAA